CAAGGCUUCUUCAAGAAUAGCAUAUAUAAAAUGCAACUCGUCUCGCCGCAAAGACCUCUCAACCACACCAACAACUCCCACAUCCUCAUUUAGACAAUAUAGAAAUUACACCAACUGUUGCUCAUCUCCCGCAUCCCUCUCGGUACCAUGAACGUUAUUAAAUUUGCACUCUUAGCUUUCGUGUUUGGUGUCAGUAAUGUCAUGUCUAAGAACUUGAAGCCCUGUGGCGGAAACACCCCGGCCUAUGCUUGUGCCGAUGACCCAUCCAGAUCGCCCGAUCCACUAAUUUACAUCCCACCCACCGAUCUAGAUUGCACUCUGACUCCCAGUGAGGUACCCUGGUGCUGUCCUCAGGGGGCUAUAAGUCCAAACCAUCCUUCAAAACUCGGAUACGCAAUAGAUCAUGGUUGCCAGAAACGCCAGCCAAGAGUUCAGUAGUCUACCUGAUUUUUUAAAACAACGGAACCACCAAUAGACGUCGAUUGAAUACAAGUUCUUGAUCGGUUUGCUUUUGACUAGUAUUAGCCCCCUCUUUGGAAAAUCUUUGUCGCGUAUCCCAUUUU